AUGGUGCUUUCGAGACAACUGGGUACUCGGGGGGGGGGGGGGGGGGGGACUAGGUUGAAUCGUGACGUCGGUGAUCUUCAGCUGCUCCGUAUCACAAAGCCCCGUUUCAUCAAGCCCCGUAUCACCAAGACCCGUAUCACAAAGUCCCGUAUCACCAAGCCCCGUAUCACCAAGCCCCGUAUCACCAAGGCCCGUAUCACCAAGGCCCGUAUCACCAAGCCCCGUAUCACCAAGCCCAGUAUCACCAAGCCCCAUAUCACCAAGCCCCGUAUCACCAAGCCCCGUAUCACCAAGCCCAGUAUCACCAAGCCCCGUAUCACCAAGACCCGUAUCACCAAGCCCCGUAUCACCAAGCCCCGUAUCACCAAGCCCCGUAUCACCAAGCCCAGUAUCACCAAGCCCCGUAUCACCAAGACCCGUAUCACCAAGCCCCGUAUCACCAAGCCCCGUAUCACCAAGACCCGUAUCACCAAGCCUCGUAUCACCAAGCCCCGUAUCACCAAGCCCCGUAUCACAAAGCCCCGUAUCACCAAGCCCAGUAUCACCAAGCCCCGUAUCACCAAGACCCGUAUCACCAAGCCCCGUAUCACCAAGCCCCGUAUCACCAAGCCCCGUAUCACCAAGCCCCGUAUCACCAAGCCCCGUAUCACCAAGCCCCGUAUCACCAAGCCCCGUAUCACCAAGCCCCGUAUCACCAAGCCCCGUAUCACCAAGCCCCGUAUCACCAAGCCCCGUAUCACCAAGCCCCGUAUCACCAAGCCCCGUAUCACCAAGCCCCGUAUCACCAAGCCU